GCGGAAUGGGCACUCUCGUACUGUACUGGACUGUUCUGGGGAGCCCUCGGAUGCUCGGUCCGAGGGCAGGUGUUUGGAGAUUCUUCGGGAUCGUGGGGAUCAUCAUCACCACCAUCACCAUCACGUUGGGGUUUGGGGUUGUUGGGAUUCACCUCGGCGUCGAAUCGUGGUUUAUGAUGGUUUUUAUUACAGGGAGAUGAUGACGGAUGAGAGGCCCAGUCUUCGGAGGAAGAUCCUAUAGUGUUGUGGGUACAAAAAUGAGAAAUAAGAAUCUGUCUUAUGAGUACAACUGCGACAAGGCACUGAGAUGCCGAUGAUUGAAGGCGAUCACCUGCACUGCACCGACAGUGUCAUGCCCGGGUGAGUACUGUACCUAGG